AAGUUACAAUUCAUUUGCUUAGGCAUUUAAAAUUGCCGCGAAAAAAUGCGCGGAAUAUAUAAUAGAAUAGAGUCCACAAAAAUAUAUAGUAAGAAGUUUGAAAAAUAUUAGUACCUAAUAAUUACAGUAUUUGUAAUUAUAAAUAUCCCGAAAUAAAUUAUGGAUUCUGAAUUUCCUGAUCCCAAUGAAGAAUUUGAUUUAGUUCACGAGGAAGAAUAUGAAAUUUUAAAAGAAAUUGAAGAACUUGAAAAGAAGAAGGGCACAGAGUCUAAAAAAAUUGAAAAUUCGCAAGAAGAACAGAAAAGAGAUAAAUUAAAUAUUUCCAGACCGAAUGUACAUGAAGAAUUAAAUGCUCUUACAUCUAGUAAAUACAAUGAAUUAUGUAUUCCUAGCACUAGCGAAGUUAUUCCUAGUACUAGUAAUGUUGAUUUUGAUACAGAUAUUACAAAAAAAAGACAUUAUGAUGAACUUUUUGGGGAUAUUUCAGAUAUAUUAGAUACGAAUGAUCUUGGUCAGGAACCAAAAGAUAAGAAACCACGAUGGGAUGAACCUCAAGAAAUUAUUAAAGCAGUCUUAGAUGCAAGGGAAAAGUUUAAUGAAUAUAGUAGAGGAGUUUCUGUUAACAGAAAAUAUAUUAAAGACAAAAGAGAGUCAAUUUCAUUGCGAGUUCCACGUUGGAAUUUUGUAGCUCUAACUAGGCUACGUGAUGCACAACGUAUUUAUAUAAGAGUAAAAAAUGAUGAAAAAAGUAAAAUAAAAACAAAUACACAUUCAAUUUCUAACUUAUUGUCAGUACCAUAUAGUCAACUUAAAACUGAGGCUGAAGAAAUUAUAGUACAAAAUGUUAAACGCGCUAGUUGUGAAACUUCCCACCUUCCUGUUACAAAAACACUUGAAGAUGAUGAACUAUGGGUUGAUAAAUAUAGACCUAAAUCUUAUAUAGAGUUACUUUCAGAUGAAAGUGUGAAUAGACAAUUAUUGCAUUGGAUAAAACUUUGGGAUAAAAUAGUAUUUAACCGAAAUUAUAUUGAUAAUAAGAAAAAAAAAUUAAAUUUUAAAUUUAGAAAUAGAAAGUUUGUGGAUGAAAAACCUUUUCAAGAAUUAGAUAGUAAAGGUUUUCCAAUUCAGAGGAUUGCGCUACUUAGUGGGCCACCUGGAUUAGGAAAAACUACACUAGCACACUUAGUAGCUAAACAUGCUGGUUAUAAUGUAGUAGAAAUUAAUGCAAGUGAUGAAAGAAGUCCAGAUGCAUUUAGACAAGUCCUCCUUGCAUCAACACAAAUGAAAGCGGUAAUGGGAAACGAUCCUCGGCCUAAUUGUUUAGUUUUAGAUGAAAUUGAUGGAGCUCCAACUGCAUCAAUCGAGUUACUUCUUAAAUUCGUGCAAGGUAAAUUAAUUCCAAAAGGAAAGAAAGAUAAAACAAAAACUGAUAAACAUGUUUGUCAUCGCCCUAUAAUAUGUAUUUGUAAUGAACCAUAUACUCCUUCCUUAAGAGCUCUGAGAGCAGCUGCCCUUAUUAUAUCCGUCCCAGAAGUAAGUGCUACUAAACUAGUAGAUAGAUUAAUGGAAGUGUCACAAAAGGAAAAAUUAAAAGUAAAUCCCGAUGCACUUUUACGAUUAGUAGAAAUAUCUGGUUGUGACAUUAGAUCAUGUAUAGGAGCAUUACAAUAUAUGGGUGGCGUUAAUUUAGGAGAUAAUUUAUCUCUUACGUUAAAAGAUAGUAGGAAAGGAUUGUUUGACUCGUGGAAACAAAUAUUGAAAAUACCUAUGAAUAGGAAUGGUAUACUUCCUCUUUCAGAAAGAGUGCAGCUUGUAUUAAAGACUGUGCAAAAUGGCGAAUCAGAAAAAUUAGCUCAAGGCAUAUUCCAUAAUUAUCCAGAAAUAUGUAGUGAUAAAUUGAAUUAUAUAGCACUAUGUUUGAAAUGGUUUCAAUUUUUUGAUGAAAUUUUAUUUCUUGUUGGAAGUCUUCAAACUUGGUCUAUUAUGCCUUACCUAAAUUAUGCAUUCGUUACCUGGCAUUUAUAUUUUGCAAAAGCAAGAAACAUCAAAUUAUCUUAUCCUUUUAUUGUAUAUGAAAUGAAUCAGAAACAUGCAAGGAAUAUUGGUAUUCUAACUACUGUUCAACGAAAUAGUGGUCAUAAUAGCAUAAUUUUAACAGUUGAUAUUGCUCCAUUUCUCCCGGAUUUACUAUCUCCACAAUUACGGAUAGUUUCUGGACAUUUACACUCAGAUAAAGAAAAGAAUGAUAUUAAUAGAUUAGUAAAUGUUUUAAUUGAUUUUGGCCUCACAUUUAUUCAAGAAAAGAAUCUUGAUGAAAGUUAUGACUAUAAACUAGAUCCUAAUAUAUUUGAAAUAGGCAUUUUUCCGGAUUGUAAGUAUCGCCGAACACUCAUAUAUGCAGUAAAGCAAAUAAUUGUUCAAGAGUUAGAGGCUGAACGAUUACGACGAAUUGAAAAUGCAAUAAAAAGUAUAACAAAAUCUGCUCAAAAUAAAAAAAGUAUUACAAAUCAUAAUGUUACAACCAAUUCUGCAACAUCAGAUUCUGCCAAGAUAUCCAAUAAUGCAACUAGCAAACCUAAUGAUCUAGAACAAUCUAAAAAAUUUCAAAUGGAAACAAAAGAUAUAAAAUAUAAGGAUUUCUUUGGAAGAACUAUUACAGUCAAUCAAGAUAAACAUAAAAAAUUGGAUAAGGAAUCAAUCAAUUCGAGAAACUUUUUAACGAAAAGUAGUGUAUGGUAUAAAUAUAAAGAAGGUUUUAGCAAUGCAGUCCGUCGAAAUGAACUUUUAACAAAAAUGAGUGUUCAAAAACGAAAAAAGAAUUAUUUUCAUAACAGUUAUAACCAAAAAAAGCGUAAACAAUUCAGUUUGGAAUCAGGUAUGAAAGGUUUCUUAUGCACGUGCAAUUUUUCUGAGAAAGAAUGUGUACGCGAUGCUUAUAAAUUACUUAAUGAAUUUGCUGAUGAAAUUUAUGGACCAGAUACCACAAAGGAUAAUGAUGAGGCCAAAGAAGAAUCUGAAAAAGAUGAUUCUGUGAAUAAAACAAAAAAUAGUGACAAUGAAGAUGAUAUUUCAGAUACAUUAAACAAAGAAAUUAAUAAAUUAAAAGCAGAAUAUUCAAAGCCAAUAAAUGCUAGGAGAUUUCAGGUAGUUGACACUGGUGUUAAGAAUGUAAUUUUUAUAAGAAGUACCUUAAUAAAUCAAUUAGAAUUGGUUACUAAAAUUAUCACUGAAUUAAAUAACACAAAACAACAGCGUACAAGAUUUUUAUUGAGAUUACUUCCAAUUGAAAUUAUUUGUAAAGCAAACAUGAAUGACAUCAAAUCAAAAGCAGAUGCAAUGCUUGAAAAAUAUUUUGCACAAGAACCAAAAACAUUUAGUAUCAUAUUCAAUCGUCACAGUAAUAAUAAUAUACGUAGAAAUGAAAUAAUUGAAGACUUGGCAGAAAUAAUCAACAAAAAGAAUCCUGGGAAUAAAGCAGAUCUAAAAAAUCCAGAACUUGCUGUAAUUGUUGAAUUGAUACGUGGUUUUUGUUUUAUGUCUGUUGCUCCAAAUUAUUAUAAAUUUAAAAAGUACAAUUUACUAGAAAUAUGUAAUACCAAGGAAUCCACAAAUGAUGUAAACCAAAAGAAAGAGGAUGCUUGUUUCGAAGAAAAAAAAGAGACAGAUUCUGAUCAAACAAAUACAGAUGAACAUUCAACAAUAGAAAUAGUUCAUAAUGAUAAAGAAUAAGAAAAUUGAUGUAUAGAUAUUUUAUCUAUAUAUAAAAAUUAUAAAUAAUGUAAUAUUUUAUAUUAUUUUUAAAAUAUAAGUAACUUUUGUAAUUUAUAUCUUAUAUAAGUUAAAAAAUAAUAUAUAGUGUAUAAUUAUAUAUCAGAUAUAUAUCAGAUAUAUAUCUGAUAUAUAUCUGUCUGUAUAACAAUAAAUAUUUUGUUUCAUAAAUUUUCCAUUUUUCAUGAUUAAUUGUACAUACAACGAAAGUUAUUGCAAAUAAGGUAAUAUUUCUUGAAUUUAUUUCAAAUUAUUGUAAAACAUUGUUUAAAUAUUUUAUAAUAAAUCUAAUUUUAUAAGGUCCCAUGGUGUAAUGGUUAGCACUCUGGACUCUGAAUCCAGCGAUCCGAGUUCAAAUCUCGGUGGGACCUUCAUAACAUUUUUUUUUCAUAUAUAUUUAUUUCUGUAUGUUGAACGAUAAUAUACUUUUUCCACUUAUUUGUUUCUUAUGUAUUAAUAAAUUUUAUAUUGCAUGAAAUUAAUAAUGUGAAAUACAAAAAUGAAAAAUUAAAUUUGAAUAAUGUAUAUAUUAUGUAGUUCAAUUUAUGGUAUUUGUUAUUACUGAUUUUUAUAAUUUUAAUAAUUAAUAUACAGUUAAAAAAAAAAUAGUUUGA